UGUCAGUGCGCAAAUCCCAGCGGAGCGGCAGCCCGUGCGCGGAGAGAGAGAGGCUGUCUGCCUGCGCUGCGGUUCAAACCAUCACCGGAGGGGAGGCUGCACCUUCUGCCGCGGACGGACCUGAACCAGCCGGGCUCGCCUCCAGAGCCCUCCCGUAUGGGCUCACCAUGCGCAGGAUACGGGCCAACGCCAUCGCCAUUCUGACCGUCGCGUGGAUCCUGGGGACCUUUUAUUACCUGUGGCAGGACAACAAGCCCCAGUCGUCGCCGUCGUCGUCGGCGUCGCAGACCCGCGGCAGGAGUCAUGGGCAGAAAUUGGUGCCCGGUCGGCUGGAGAUCCACCGGGACGACAGGACCAUCCCGCUGAUAGUGACCCAGGCCCCGCAGCCUGAGCAGCAGGGCCCCCUGCUGGGCGGCUUCGACGAGAGGGCCUACCUGGCCGGGAAGCAGCUGAGGCCGGGGGACGACCCGUACAGGGAGCACGCCUUCAACCUGCAGGAGAGCGACCGGCUGGGCAGCGAGCGCGCCAUCAGGGACACGCGGCACUACAGGUGUGCGUCCCUGAGCUACGACGCAGACCUCCCCUCCACCAGCAUCAUCAUCACGUUCCACAACGAGGCUCGCUCCACCCUCCUUCGCACCAUCAAAAGCGUCCUGAUGCGAAGUCCUUCAUCUCUGAUCCAGGAAAUCAUCCUGAUAGACGACUUCAGCUCAGACCCCGACGACUGCCAGCUGCUGGCUCAGAUCCCCAAAGUGCGCUGUCUGCGGAACGGCCGGAGGGAGGGUCUGAUCCGAUCCCGCGUGCGCGGCGCCAACUCGGCCUCGGCCUCCGUCCUGACCUUCCUGGACAGCCACUGCGAGGUCAACGCCGACUGGCUGCAGCCGAUGAUCCAGAGAGUCAAGGAGGACCACACGCGGGUGGUGAGCCCCAUCAUCGAUGUCAUCAGCCUGGACAACUUCGCCUACUUGGCCGCCUCUGCGGAUCUGAGAGGAGGAUUCGACUGGAGCCUCCACUUCAAGUGGGAGCAGAUUCCCAUCGAGCAGAAAAUGGCGAGAAGUGACCCCACGCAGCCGAUCCGAACGCCUGUCAUCGCCGGUGGGAUUUUUGUCAUGGACAAGAGCUGGUUCAACCACCUGGGCCAGUACGACACCCACAUGGACAUCUGGGGGGGCGAGAACUUCGAGCUUUCUUUCCGGGUGUGGAUGUGCGGCGGGAGCCUGGAGAUCCUGCCCUGCAGCCGCGUGGGCCACGUGUUCAGGAAGCGCCACCCGUACGACUUCCCAGAAGGCAACGCUCUCACCUACAUCAAGAACACCCGGCGCGCUGCGGAGGUGUGGAUGGACGAGUACAAGCAGUACUACUACUCUGCGAGGCCGUCGGCCCAGGGCAAGGCCUUCGGCAGCAUCGCAGAUCGUCUGACGCUGCGGCGGAAGCUGAACUGCAAACCGUUCCGCUGGUACAUGGAGAACGUGUACCCAGAGCUGAGGGUCCCUGAGCAGGAAGCGGUGUCCAGUGUGCUCAAACAAGGCGGUUUGUGUCUGGAGAGCCGUGGGACCGACGGCCUGGGCCUGGGGGAGUGCAGGGGCAUCGGAGCCAACAGGCCGCAAGCACAGAAAUGGGAGCUGAUAGAGCCGCUGAUCCGGCAGCAGGACCUCUGUCUGGCCAUUUCAGCCUUCACGUCGGGGUCAAAGGUCAAGAUGGAGCACUGCAAUACAAAAGAGCCCAGACAGAAGUGGAAGCCCAAAGGCUCGGCUCUGCAGCACAUGGUCAGCGGCUUCUGCCUGGACAGCCAGACCCCGACCGGGCCCCCGGUCAUCGCACAGUGUCGCCCCCAGGUGGCCAGCCAGUCCUGGGAGCCGCAGAUCAUCACCUGAGCCACAGGGUCGCCCACAGGGAGAGGGAGGAAAGGAGCCGGUUCCACCCGCUGCCUGCGGGAGGAAUGGUGGGGUCGAGUCUGCACACUGUCUGUCGCCUUGCUGACGGGUGAGAGGAGGGAGGACUGUACUUUCUGUGAUGUCAACUACAAGCUCUUGCUCGUUGUGUCUUGGUGGCAGGAGCAUCGAUAAAAAAACAUUUGAGGCCGUCUCGGGGCCUUUUGUGUACAGUGCUGAGGAUGCCGCGGUUCUACAUGUUCUAAGCUUUUUACUGAAAACUGAAUCCAUUUUUCCAUAUUCAUUUCUGUAUUUAUCCUGGUCACCAGUUGCUUCACGUUGGGUUAGUGUGGAUGAGUGCAUACUGCCUUGUAGCAAACGGGCUGAGGUGCAUCUGACCUUCCGUGAGUCCGUCUUCUCAUCUUGUUGCCCAGUCGUAGGUCAAGGGCUUUAUGGGGGGUGGCCAGUUUUAUGUAUAGCCAACUACAAUCUGAGCUGUUUUUAUUGUUCAAAGCGCCAUGCAAAGCAUCGUCAGGAACAUUAUUUAUUGUUUUGCAUGGGCAGACCCAAUGUUUUCCUCCUGUCCGUCUUCAAACCUAUGUAAAUAUUUGAAGCAGAUAUGGCUUGGUUUCUGUGAAAAGUACUCUAUAUGUUGUUUAAAAAUAAAACGUGGUAACAAAGAAACAA